AGCUCACUGCGAAAGUGGGCUACUGCAAUGAGUUUUAGGCGUCGGGGCUGCUGGACUGCUACAGCACGCGGCUGGGCGGCUGGAGCUCUCUUCUGCCAUCUCGGAUGAAAUUUAUUUUGGAGCUUGGAACCUCAUACCAUGUUUUGCUAUCUAUUGUCUUGAUUAAUCCACCCAGUCCUGCCUUUUCGUAUAAUUCCCAGUCAACCAAUAGCGCAACCGUACUCCAAGCUCGCGCGGUCUUUGCGCAAACCUUUCAAGAUGGCGGCGACCUCGAAUAUGUUUCUGUAUUCCUUGACCAUCCAACCUCCGACCACCAUCACGCAGGCCAUCGUGGGACAAUUCAGUGGUACCAAGGAACAGCAGAUCCUCACAGCUUCGGGGUCGCGUCUCACCUUGUCACGACCCGAUCCCUCACAAGGCAGAGUCACCACGCUUCUGUCCCAGGAUGUAUUCGGCAUCAUCAGAUCCAUUGCCGCUUUUCGUUUGGCCGGGAGCAACAAGGAUUAUGUCAUCCUAGCUACAGACUCUGGAAGGAUCACCAUUGUCGAGUACAACUCCCAGCUGAACAAGUUUGUCCGUGACAAACUCGAAACAUUCGGUAAAUCAGGCGUUCGAAGAGUCAUUCCCGGCCAAUACUUGGCAUGCGAUCCUAAAGGAAGAGCAUGCAUAAUCGCUUCCGUCGAGAAGAACAAGCUUGUAUAUGUCCUCAACCGGAAUUCUCAGGCCGAGUUGACCAUUUCCUCACCCUUGGAGGCCCACAAACCCGGCACAGUUGUCUUGGCCAUGGUUUCCCUGGACGUGGGCUAUGCAAAUCCCGUAUUCGCUGCUCUUGAAGUCGAAUAUACCGAGGCGGACCAGGAUCCCACAGGAGAAGCUGUCAGCGAGAUCGAGACGCAACUUGUGUACUAUGAACUGGAUCUCGGUCUGAAUCACGUCGUCCGCAAGUGGAGCGAACCUGUGGAUCCAACCGCGUCUAUGCUCUUCCAAGUUCCCGGCGGCAAUGACGGUCCUAGUGGUGUGCUUGUGUGUGGCGAGGAAAACAUAACCUACCGUCACUCCAACCAAGAAGCAUUCCGUGUCCCUGUUCCGAGGCGGAAAGGCGCCACUGAGGAUCCCCAGAGGAAAAGGACUAUAGUGUCCGGUGUCAUGCACAAGCUGAAAGGAAGUGCCGGUGCAUUCUUCUUCCUUCUACAGAGCGAGGACGGCGACUUGUUUAAAGUCACCAUUGAUAUGGCGGAAGACGACGAAGGAAAUGCGACCGGUGAAGUGCGCCGUUUGAAGAUCAAGUACUUCGAUACCGCUCCCGUGUCUACCAGCUUGUGCAUCUUGAAGAGUGGGUUUUUGUUCGUGGCCAGCGAAUUUGGCAAUCACCACUUCUAUCAGUUCGAGAAGCUCGGUGAUGAUGACGACGAGCUAGAGUACUCUAGCGAUGAUUACCCUACAGACCCCAAGGUGUCAUACACACCAGCUUACUUCUACCCAAGAGCAGCCGAUAACUUAAGUCUAGUGGAGAGCAUCAACUCCAUGAACCCCCUCAUUGACUGUAAGGUUGCCAACCUCACGGCAGAGGAUGCACCUCAAAUCUACUCCAUUUGUGGAAGCGGUGCUCGAAGCACCUUCAGGACACUGAAGCAUGGUCUAGAAGUUAACGAGAUCGUGGCCUCGGAACUUCCUGGCACCCCAUCGGCUGUAUGGACAACAAAAUUGUCCCAAGAGGACCAAUACGACGCAUAUAUUAUACUAUCUUUCAGCAACGGUACUUUGGUGCUUAGCAUUGGAGAGACCGUUGAGGAAGUGACUGAUACUGGCUUUCUGCCCAAUGUACCCACAUUAGCGGUCCAACAACUGGGAGACGAUGGACUGAUCCAAGUUCAUCCAAAGGGUAUCCGUCAUAUACGCAAUGGUCGAGUCAAUGAGUGGGAAGCUCCCCAGCACCGAUCGAUCGUCGCAGCUUCGACCAAUUCCCGGCAAGUGGCUGUUGCUCUCAGUUCUGGCGAGAUUGUCUAUUUCGAGAUGGAUGCCGAUGGCUCACUCGCCGAAUACGAUGAGAAGAAGGAAAUGUUCGGAACAGUGACCUGUCUCAGCUUGGGUGAAGUUCCAGAGGGACGACUCAGAAGUUCAUUUCUGGCUGUGGGCUGCGAUGACUGCACCGUCCGUGUGUUGAGUUUAGAUCCGGAGUCCACUCUGGAAAGCAAAUCCGUACAGGCUCUUACAGCGGCACCAACUGCUUUGUCCAUUAUGUCGAUGGAGGACUCCUCGUCCGGGGGAUCCACCUUGUAUCUUCACAUCGGUCUCCACUCUGGUGUCUAUCUGAGAACGGUGCUUGACGAAAUCACAGGAGAAUUGACAGAUACACGACAAAAGUUCCUUGGUCCCAAGGCUGUCAAGCUAUUUCACGUUUCUGUUCAGGGCCGAACUUGCGUCCUGGCAUUGAGUUCCCGGACGUGGCUCGGUUACUCUGACCCCAUCACGAAAGGUUUCAUGAUGACGCCGCUCGAUUAUGGUGAUUUAGAGUGGGGAUGGAACUUCAGCAGCGAACAAUGCGAAGAAGGUAUGGUGGGAAUUCAGGGUCAGAAUCUCAAGAUCUUCUCCAUCGACAAAUUGGGAGAUACGCUGUUGCAAGAAUCCAUCCCUCUUACUUAUACGCCGAAGCAUCUUGUCAAACAUCCUGAACAACCGUACUUCUACACCAUUGAGUCCGAAAACAACACUCUAGCCCCCGAACUCCGAGCGCAACUUCUGGCGGACCCGUCAGCUGUCAAUGGCGACGCGCAAGUCCUACCUCCUCAGGAGUUUGGUUACCCUAGGGGCCGUGGGCGUUGGGCAUCUUGCAUUAGCGUUGUUGACCCUUUGACGGAGAAGGCCGUGCUCCAAACUCUAGACUUGGGCGAAAACGAGGCUGCCGUCAGCGUUGCCACAGUCUCUUUUGCCAGUCAAGACAACAAGACUUUCCUCGUGGUAGGCACCGGAAAGGACAUGAUCCUCAGCCCAAGGCAGUUUACCGCGGGUUUCAUCCACGUUUACAGCAUUAGCGAAGACGGCCGAACUAUAGAGUUCAUUCACAAGACAAAGGUCGAGGAGCCACCAAUGGCACUCAUCCAAUUCCAAGGUCGUCUUCUGGCUGGCAUUGGAAAAACCCUACGCGCUUAUGAUCUGGGUUUGAGGCAACUACUUCGAAAAGCGCAAGCUGAAGUUGCACCGCAACUGAUCGUGUCACUACAAACCCAAGGCAGCCGUAUCGUCGUUGGUGACGUCCAACAAAGCGUCACGUACGUGGUUUACAAAUAUGAGAGCAACAAGCUUAUCCCUUUCGCGGACGAUUCAAUUAACAGGUGGACAAAUUGCACAGCAAUGGUCGACUAUGAAUCCGUGGCCGGUGGUGAUAAGUUUGGUAAUAUCUGGAUAGUCCGCUGCCCCGAAAAGGCCAGCAUAGAAGCUGACGAGGAUGGCGCCGGUGCUCACCUGCAGCACGCGAGGGAGUAUUUACAUGGUACAAAUCAUCGUGUAAGCCUCAUGACCCAUUUUUACACCCAAGACGUCCCCACGAGUAUCAGCAAGACCAAUCUUGUGGUCGGUGGUCAAGAUGUGCUGCUGUGGAGUGGUAUCCAAGGCACUGUGGGAGUCUUCAUACCUCUGGUCAGUCGUGAAGACGCCGAUUUCUUCCAGAGUCUCGAAUCUCAUCUCAGGAACGAGGACCCCCCAUUGGCAGGCCGAGACCAUCUCAUUUACAGAGGAUAUUACGUGCCAGUCAAGGGUGUUAUUGAUGGCGACUUGUGCGAGAAGUUCACCCUGUUGCCAAAUGACAAGAAGCAGAUGAUAGCGGGCGAACUGGAUCGAUCUGUCAGAGAAAUCGAGAGGAAGAUCUCGGAUAUUCGUACACGUUCUGCUUUCUAAGCAUCUUGGACCCGGGUUUAUGACGUUGAACAAGAGAUGUAUUUGUACAAGGGAAUGAGAAGGCAAGCCGGCGUU